CAACCAUCAUCCUCACAAUACCAUGCUGUGCGCAAUUUCGGGAGAGGCACCCCAAGUGCCCGUCGUCUCGCCCAAGAGCGGAAGCGUGUUCGAGAAGCGACUCAUCGAAGCCUACAUCACGGAGAAUGGAAAGGAUCCCGUGAACGGGGAGGAGCUCUCCACAGACGAUCUCAUCGACGUCAAGUCCCAGCGCGUCGUCCGGCCCCGGCCUCCCACCCUUACCUCGAUUCCCUCCCUGCUCAGUGUCUUCCAAGAAGAAUGGGACGCCCUGGCUCUGGAGGCCUACACAUUGCGACAGACCCUGGCUCAAACACGACAGGAGCUGAGCUCCGCCCUCUACCAGCAUGAUGCCGCCGUGCGGGUCAUUGCUCGCUUGACGCAGGAGAGAGACGAGGCCCGCGAUGCGCUGUCGAAGGUCACGGUCGGCGCCCGCGGUGCCGGUGCUGCUGGCGAGGCCAUGCAGGUGGAUGCGACCGGGCUGCCUGAGGCAGUUCUGGCACGGGUGGAGAGUACACAGGCAGCGCUCUCGAAGACCCGCCGUAAGCGCCCUGUUCCCGAAGGCUGGGCCACCAGCGAAGCCAUCUCCACAUACAAGCCUACGGAGAGCUCCCAGCCUCUGUACCCCGGCAGCAAAGCAUUGUCCGUCAACUCGUCGGGAGAGCUGGCACUUAUCGGCGGCGCGGACGGAGCGGUUGGUGUCUAUUCGCUCGCUCAGAAGCAGGUUGUCCAAACCCUGCAGGCCGCUGGCCCCGUCACCGGUGCAGCUUGGGCAGGCGAGAAGGCGAUCGUGGCCUCGUCUACGGGAUCUGUUCAGGUCUUCGAGAACGGCGCCGAGGUUGCCAAGUUCAGCUCCCACGCUGGCGCCGCGACGGCGCUCGCUGUACACGCUACGGGCGACAUCGUUGUUUCCGUUGGCGCCGACAAGAGCUACGUUCUGUAUGACCUGACGACGAACUCGGUGAUCACCCAGAUCUUCAGUGACUCAUCUUUACUCUCCGUUCAGACUCACCCCGACGGUCACCUCAUUGCGGCGGGUGGCGUGGAUGGACAGAUCAAGGUGUUUGACAUCAAGUCCGGAGCGGUCGCGGCCAGCUUCGCGAUGUCGGGCCCGGUCAAGAGCCUGUUCUUCUCCGAGAACGGUGUCUUCCUGGCCGCGGUGGCGGACAGCUCGACCACGGUGUCUAUCUGGGAUCUCCGCAACGCUCAGGAGAGCAAGGUGCUGGAGACGGGCAGCGCGAUCGAAUCGAUCAACUGGGACUACAGCGGGCAGUUCCUGCUGACGGCGGGACCCAGCGGCGUGACGGUGCACCAGUACUCCAAGGGAUCCAAGUCGUGGUCGGAGCCCCUGCGGAGCGCGGUGCCGGCGGUUGCGGCGGCCUGGGGCAGUUCGGCGCAGAGCAUCGUGGCGCUGAACGGCGAGGGCGGCGUGACGGAGUUGACGGCGCAGUAGUAAUGAUGAUUGAUUGAUAGAUACCUCAUGGGCCCAAAAUCAAACCAAAUCUUUUUGUUCUGCGUUCUGUUCUGUCCUGUUCUGUUCUGUUCUGUUCUGUACUUCUAGCUGUCGGGUGUUUGUUUAAGGAUGUGCGUCCACCAAUGAAGAGUGAAGAAGUACGAACGAUAAGGAAUCCCGAGUA